AUGAAAGAUAGAUAUGUUGGUAUUGGGAUUGUGGCCCGGGAUCAUAGUGGAAAUUUUAUGGGGGCAAGGGCAAUCACCAAGAAGGUUAUAGGCUCUCCGAAACUAGCUGAAACUAUGGCUGCCCUUGAAGCGGUGUUGUUUUGUAAAGAAUGUGGUUUUUUUGAAGUAAUUCUAGAAGGGGAUGCCAAACAAGUGGUCAAUGAUGUUAAUGCUAGGAAGACAGAUUUGUCGGCAGCUGGUUUGUUUGUGGAUGACAUUCUUUCAGAGCUUAAAGGUCUGAGGUAUGUUAAGGUAGCUCAUAUAGGGAGGAAUUCUAAUAAUGUAGCCCAUGUCCUAGCAAAAGAGGCUUCGGCCAAAUUUUUAGACAUGGCGUGGCUGGAAGAUGUUCCAGAUUUUCUUGUGUAUGCUGUAAAUAGGGAUCGUUUAUAUCCCUAG